ACGAUAAAGGAAAAUGAAUAAAAUUAUGCUUCCGAUUUACUUGAUGAUUAUAUUGCUUUUGCCAACAAGUCCAGUACUCUCGCAUGAAGAUGCCAAACACACAGAAACACGUCUACAGAGACUGGAGUCUGUUAUCAAAGAACUUCAAACUGAUAUCAGAAGACUGAAUGUGGAAAUUACCGAAUGUAGAUCAACUCAAGCUCAGAAGAGACAGAAUUCUCCUAAUGAAGUUGCAUUUUCAACGCAACUAACAUACCAAUUAACCGGGCUAGGCCAUCAUGCAGCAGUUAUAUUUAACAAAGUUAUUCUGGAUACAACUGCCUCAUAUAAUAGCGGCGAUGGUGUAUUUGUUGUUCCAAUGGCUGGUAUUUAUGUAUUCACUUGGACAGUAUCAGUAGGAGGUGGAAACUGGGAAUCGACACAAUUGAUUGUUAAUGGCAAUCCCUAUGCAUAUUCUAAAGUGGACACAGCUAACGGUAGUGACUAUGGUAGUGGUACUCAAACUGUUGUCUUAAAGGUAAACCAAGGGGACCACGUAUUGAUAAGAACGGGUACCAUAGGAGACGGAGUCAUAGACGGCAACACGUAUGAUACAUUUUCUGGCUGGAUUUUGUUUCCAUUGGAAUAAAUUACAAUUUGACAGUUAUGAU